AUGAGACCUUCCCCAGUCCGUCUGCUCAAUAUCCUCGUCCCCAUCAAGCGGACCGUAGACUAUGCCGUCAAGAUUCGCGUGAACCCGGACCAGAAGGGCAUUGACCUCAACGUCAAGCACUCAAUGAACCCCUUCGACGAAAUCGCCGUCGAGGAGGCCGUCCGGCUACGGGAGAAGCUCAAGGACGAGGUCAAGUCGAUCAAGGUCGUCACCAUCGGCCCGCCCAAGGCCGCGGACGUCCUCCGCACCGCGCUCGCCAUGGGCGCCGACGCCGGCAUCCACGUCGAGGUCCCCGAGGCCGCGCCCGCCCCGGAGCCCCUCGGGGUCGCGAAGGCGCUCCGCGCGCUCAUCGCGCGCGAGAAGGACGGCGUCGACCUGGUGAUCAUGGGCAAGCAGGCGAUCGACGACGACGCGGGGCAGACGGGGCAGAUGCUCGCGGGGCUGCUCGGCUGGUCGCAGGCGACGUUCGCGAGCAAACUCGUCGUCGACCCGAAGGCGAAGGUGGCGGAGGUGACGAGGGAGAUUGACGGGGGCUUGGAGGAGCUGAAGUGCCAGCUGCCGUUGAUUGUGACCACGGACCUCCGGUUGAACGAACCUCGUUACGCGUCACUACCCAACAUUAUGAAGGCGAAGAAGAAGCCCAUCGAGAAGUUGACUCCUGCUGACUUGUCAGUCGACCUGACUCCCAUACUGGAGACUAUCAAGGUCGCAGAGCCCCCAAAACGUAUUGGUGGGGCAAAGGUUGGGAGUGUGGACGAGCUCAUAGCGAAGCUCAAGGAGGCUGGCAUUACUGCUGUGAAGGCGUAG